AUGGUGGACGUGGACCACCGGAUGGCGGGGCUGGCCCCGUCGGUGGCGCACACGGCGGCGCUGCGGCGCCUGUCCACGCGCGCCGCCGCGGGUCUUUCAUCGGCGUCCGCGUCGCCGCGCCACGGGCUGCACUCCUUCCACGCCGUGGCGGCGGGGGUGCACUCCCACCUCCGCGACGCCGCCGGGGUGACCGUCCUCCCGGGCCUCUCCGACGCGGAGUUCGCCCGCGCGGAGGCCGAGUUCGGGUUCACGUUCCCGCCCGACCUCCGCGCCGUCCUCGCCCUCGGCGUCCCCUCGGGUCCCGGGUUCCCGGACUGGCGCGGCCGCGGCCGGGCGGGCCUUCGCGCCGCGUUCGACCUCCCCGCGGCGGCGGCGUCGCUCCAGGUUGCGAGGGGCGCGCUGUGGCCGCGGUGCUGGGGCCGGAGGCCCGCCGACCCGGACCGCGCCCUGCGGCUCGCGCGCUCCGCCAUCCGCCGCGCGCCGCUGCUCGUGCCGCUCUUCGACCGCUGCUACCUGCCCUGUCGCCCCUGCCUCGCCGGGAACCCCGUCUUCUUCGUUGCCGACGACCGUGUCCUUUGCUGCGGCCUCGACCUGCUCCACUUCUUCACCCGCGACUCGUUCCAGCCGACGACGAUGGAUCACGUCGUCUCCUCCUCUCCGCUCGCGUCCCCUCUCUCCGCCGGCGCGGCCAGCAGCAGGUCGUCGUGCACGCGCCGGAGCCUCGACGCCGUCCAGGCCCCGCGCUGGAUCGAGUUCUGGAGCGACGCCGCGUCCGACCGCCGCCGCCGCGACUCGUCGUCCUCGGAAUCCUCCACCGCCUCCUCCUCCUCCUCCUCCUCCUCCUCCUCGUCGUCCUCAGGCUGCCCGUCGCCACCCCGGCGGUCAACCCCGCGGUGGGUCGACAACUACCUCGACGAGCUCGGAUCAAUGCUGAAGAAAGGCGGGUGGAGGGACCGAGAAGUGGACGAGAUGGUCGAGGUCACCGCCUCCGGGUUCUUCGACGGCGAGGAGGCCGGGGCCCCAGCACCCGAUUCCGAGGCUAUCCUCGACGCGCUGGUCCUCAAGGCUGACCGGUGCUCGGACUCGCUCCGGCGCGCCGGGUGGACCUCCGAGGACGUGUCGGACGCGCUGGGGCUCGACUUCCGGCGCGGCAAGGAGCGGUCCCGGUCGGCCGUGCGCAUCCCGCCGGAGAUCGCCGCCAAGGUCCAGCGCCUCGCGCAAGCGCUGGCACGCCCGUGA